AUGUUCGACCGUUUGCCCGAGGAACUCAUUGAGUGAGUCAUAACGCGAAUACCGGCUUACCGAUAGCCGCGGCUACUGAGCGGUGCAUCUUGUCUCGCUCGGCAGCUCGAUAAUAACACAAGUACUAACAGAAGCACAGUGGGGCAAGCGCUGCUGGCAAUACUAUGAGAAAGGUCUGCUGCCACAGAACACCGUCCUUUCUCUCUCUCAGGUCUGUCAGCGCGCGCGACCUGUCGCUCUAAAGUACGUCUGGAACAUCCUCGGAUGCGACGACGUCUCGUCGCUUCACCAUGUGCGUAGACUGCUGCAUGACCAAAAGCGGGAUGAUCUUGCUACGCACGUGCGGGAAGUGUGGAUGGACUGGAAUUUUAAAACCGCCGAUAUAGAAGAGUCUCAUCCAAGGCGAAUGGGAUGGGCAGUGGACUACAGCUUCAUGGAUCGCGAGAAAGUGAGAGCGCGAGACUGUCUUCAUCAGCACUGCAGGCGAGCUCAUCUUUGCUGAUGACAUUACAUUGCGUCAGAUUCGCAGAGAGGCGCGCGCAGCGCGAGGCAUCGAAGAGCCGGAACGUGACGAGCUCGAGAUGUGGGUAGAGUGCCCCGCCUCGAUAGCAGCCGAGGAGCGGAAAAGAACCGGAUCGGACGAAGGAUUUGAUUGGGAGUACAUGGACCAUCGAACAGACUAUCGUUGGGGAAGCGGACCCGACUUUGAUCUCGAGAAUGAUCCAGACGAGGACUGCACGUGGGCGUGGACGAGAAUGGAACGGAUGCCUGUGGGCUAUGAUCGAGCAGCACUCGAAGAAGAUCUUUUGCUUGUGCUUCGCGCCCUUCCCAAUGUCGAGAAGAUGGAUUGGAACGCAAUGACAUGGCAGCUUCCCGAGGCAUCGGCACUAUGCUUAGGCAGAUCAUCGAGCCUGCGCGUCUUCAAGACGAAUUGGGACGCGAUGGUGUUUGGUGAGUGGGCACGUCCAUCAUGCGUGUCGAAAUUCUGAAUAUCGAACCUCAACGCGCCCUUCACACCCUUUGUGCCUCAUUCGCAGAGCCAUUUGUUUCGGAUACGUGGCACGUCACGUCGGCGCCAAAUUUGGUGGACUUGUCUUUCAGCAGUUACUAUCCCAAUGCUGUCGUUCUUCGUGAGCAGUCUUGGCUGCGCAGGUCUGAUGAAAGACUGGAAGGAGCUGCUCAGGCACAAGACGAGGUCCAAGCUUUGGGCGCUUCCAUGUCAAACAACUUGCCCCCAAAUCCGGUGUUCCCGGUCGAUGUCAAUCUUCUUGACAAAGGAUGGGAUCUCGACGACCACCGAGAAGAAGCCUGGAAAGCACACUUGCAAGGAAGAGUCAGAAGUCUAUUGACUGCAAUCACGGUUGGAAGGCUGUCACGACUGGAACUCGACUACGAUCACCUCUUUGCUCUGCGCCUCGUGCUUCCUAUCUGGCUCGCUCUAGACCUGCGCGCCAAGAGUGAGGAGUACACUCAUACCGAGGGAUACACCACUACGAAAGCUUGCUGCAACAGACUGCAAAAUCUGCGCAUGCAGCUGUGGCCGUGCCUCGAGACCUUCGACGAAGUCCUCGCUGCGACAGGAACAGUGCCAUCUGCGAUCACUUCGCAAGAUGCAGCAGACUCUACUACCUUUUCUGCUCUAGAAGCUGCGGCCGCCCGGGUUCAACAGAUAUGUGUUGAGACGAAUGUGCCCGACGUACAAGUCUUCGAGCUCUCGAUACCUGGCGAUGCCAGUGAUGCGGACCGGGAGCAAGCGAAGAAGGAAGAGGAAGAGCGUCAGAAGACCGCAAUUCAGCAAGACAACCCGCGUUCGGAGUACACCAAUCGGGUGCCGCCGUUCGAGAAGUGGCUUGCUGAAGAUCUCGAGCUCGCCACCAAUGCUGUCCGAGGUUUACUAUACUGGCGAAAGCAUCACGAUCGAUCACCUGAGAUCACCCUAUUCUCCUGA